ACCAACAUCAUCCUUGUCUUGCUCAUCACCACGGCCACCACUAUUGUUUGUUUCUUCUUCAUCAUCCAUGUCAAGGUCGUCAAGCACAAAAUUGUCAUCGUCUUCAUUCUCAUCACCCUCAUCAACACCAUCUUCAUCAUCCUCAAGAAUUGGCACUUGAGUACCAUGAGCUCUCCUAGGAAAGUAGCGGCCUUGAAUUUGGAUUAAUUAGGCUGAACAACUAGAGGACGGUCUCUGCCAUUACUCACCAGUGAAGCAAAGCUAGAGGGCGGUCUCUGUAGUGGCCGGCGGACAGCGGGAGCGGCCUGGAGCGUGGCCUGGAGCGGCUGGACUCUGGAGCGCGGCUGAGCGGCGGCCUGGAGGAGGCUGCACGGGGGAGGAGCGGCGGCCUGGAGCAGAGCGGCGGCCUAGGGCAGAGCAGUGGCCUGGAGUGUCGCGGCCUGGAGCGGAGCGGCGGCCUAGACUUCCUGGAGUGUCUGGAGCGCGGCUCUGGUGAGCAAAAACCGUAAACCUGGGCAGGAAAUUGGGCUGGGCCGUUAAACGCUCAAAACGUGGCGCGCCAAAACGUGACGUUUAAACGUCGUUAAACGACGUUUUACGAAGAAUCGUAAAAUGUUUCACCGUUUCGGUUUCUUCCAGCGUUUUAUAGUUUAAACGACGUUUAAACGUCGUUUUAAUAAGCAUGCGAGAGAGGACGUCUCUGUCCUGGCUGCCCCGCAACCAAACGCACCCUAAAGAACCAAACGGGGCCUUAUAUAUUCCCUUGCUCUCCUCGGAGUUCUCAAGUGAAGCAUAGAAUACAGUCAUACAGACUACAGAGUGAGUUUCAGAAACAUCAAUACUCAUCUUGUGUUUUCUUAGUUCUUACCCGAGAACUCCCAAAUGGAAAGUUUCCUUUCUGCAAUCCUGGGUGAGCUGAUAUCUCGAUCCAUGAAUUUCAUCAUCAACAAGUGGUCAAAGCCACUGACACUGGACAUGGAGGAAAGCAUACAAGGGGCUCUUCUUCAAGCACAGGUCAUCAUUGAGGAGGCCAUGGGACGGCACAUCACGAAUCAAGCCAUGCUCCUGCAGCUGGGCAUGCUAAGGGACGCCAUGCACCGAGGCUAUUACACACUUGAUGCGUUCAGGUACCAGCCUCACUAUGGAGAAGAUGCUAAUGAUCCAUCUGCUAGGCGCUUUCUGACCCUAUCCAAGGCACCCUGUGCAAAGGAUCUCUAUUUCACCCGUCGAACUGUACAGUUUCAGGAACAACUACGAGAGGCACAUGACAAAUUGAGAUCCAUGAUUGUUGAUAUGAAUCAGUUGGCCAUGUUCUUGAUGAGCUACCCUCGCCUGUAUCGCCAGCCGUACAGCAUGCAUAUCCUUCUGUGUAACUGCAUGUUUGGUCGCCAGAUGGAAGCACAACUUGUCAUUAGUUUCCUUUUGCACACAAAACCCCAUAGUUCUGAAGAAUUGGAGGUCCUGCCAGUUGUUGGUCCACUCAAAGUCGGUAAGAGUACUUUAAUUGCUCAUGUUUGCAAGGGUGAAAGAGUCCGUGAUUAUUUCUCAGAAAUCUUGUGGUUGCAUGACUGUGAUUUCACGGAUGAUGAGCUAAGUUUCAGACAGGGAGGUGCAAUGAAACGUCAAUUUUUUUUGUCAAACUUCAAGAAAGGCAAGAGAUUGCUAGUUGUUAUUGAACUAUAUGGCAUUCUCUGUGAAGAUAGAUGGAAUAGGUUUUACCGUGCUUCCAGACGGAGCUUUCUUAGCGGUAGUAAAAUCAUCGUGACAAGUUGUUCAGACAAGAUUGUAAAGUUUGGAACAACACCAGCUCUAACUCUGAAGCACCUGUCCCCUGAGGCUUACUGGUAUUUCUUCAAGACACUUACAUUUGGAAGCACGGAUCCCGAGAUGCACCCUAGGUUUGCACAACUGGCCAUGGAGAUAGCCAGACUGCAGAUUCGUUCAAUCAAUAGUGCAUAUGUUACCUCUUAUUUGUUGAGGGACAAUUUUAGCAUACACUUCUGGUGUAAGGUGCUGAGCUUCUUGAGAGGGGUCCUCCAGGCGCAUAUCUCCAAAUUCGGCGUGCAUCCUUCUGAUCUUCUAAACAAAAACAACCUUGUACAUCUUGGUAGAAUGGCUUCACCUUCUGAAGAUUUAAUAAUCUAUCAUCAGUAUCACCGCUCUCCCCAAGAGGAGGUUCCAGAGAUAAGAAUCCAAGAUGUGGUGUAUGGAAGCAUUAAGAAGCAAGGAAAAUUCGAGGUCCUAGGAUGGAGAUCUCAGAUACCCCCAUACUACAGCUAUGUCUAUGUUUGUGAGAUUCGAGAGCGAAAAAUUACAGGUGCAAAGAGGAAGCACUGUGUGGAAGAUGGAGCCACAUCCAGUUAAUUGUAUCAUUUUCUGGUUUAUGCAGGCAGGUGGUCUACAGAGUAGUUACACAGAUCAUAGAUGGCGAUGUCUGAAUGGUUCAUUUAGCGAAGACUUGGAAUUCAACAGCCAAGGGCUGUACUGUACGGAUUCUCUGGAAGUAUCCAGCUGGUAGCAAGUUCAAACAAAAAUAAAAGGUGGAGUCAGGCGAAGACAAAAGCAGUCCCAAAGGCCCUGAGGAGCCUACCCCGCAGCAAACUGCAAAUCAUCUUCUGCAUGUCCUCUCUGAGAUCGAUACUUGAAGGUUUGCGCGUCUGUGUUACCUAGAGGGUUUCUCUAGACAAAGUUCUUUUAGGCCGUGUUUGGAACACAUGAAUUUCAAGGGGUUCGCAUAUAAAUUUCACAGAAAUCAGCUCAGAUUUAUUCGUGCAUGAAAAACGCAGGAACAGAGGGGGGAAAUCGUGUUCCAGACAGCUCAUAUAUAGCUCGCUGUCGAACGGGCGGGCGGCUUUUGUAGUCUUCAUAAUAGU